GUCGAGUUCAGCCCUGCGCGCGAGUGGUUCCUGAACUCCUUUACACCUGCUGAAGUCCAUCGGCAAAGGGCGAAACCUCACGAAAUGUUGUAUCGUACUUAUAUUCUUGGUGAGGCCAACGCUCGUGCUGCCAACCAUCAAAUAGUUCGCGAAUGGCGAACGAUGGUUAGGGAGCGCGCCGACUGGGAGGCUUAUCGCGAGCGUAUGCUGAAACGUAUUGCUGAAUUCGAAAAGUCGAAAACCGCGUUUGGUGAGGAGAGAGCCAAGUUUGAGGCUGACAAGAAGGCUGAAGAGUGGGGCCGCGAGGGGCUGCAGAAAAAACUCCACAAUGUUGAGGAGCAACUGGCCAAGGAGAAGGCCGAGUUUAAGCGUAUAUGCGCCCAAGACAACGAUCGUGCUUAUGCGCUACGACAGAAGAUCGUUGAUCUUGAGGCUAAAGUUGCGGACUUGACCUCAAAGGUGGAGGAAGCGCAGGGUGAAAGAGCUGCCAAGCAGCAGAUGGAGGUUGAGCUGACUGAAGCCAAGGUGCAAUUGUCCAACAAGGACAAGGAUCUCCACGCCAAGGACGUUGAGAUUGCGGAACUCAAACGUCGCUUGAAUGAGCAAAUCGACAGAUGCGAGUCUUUGGAGAUUGACCUUGAGGCUGAGAAGGUCAAGGCUGCUGAUGCUGAGGAGGCGCGUGCUGUCAGCACUGCUGCGCUUAAUGUGGCCCAGACAAACUACUCCGAGACCCAAGGCAUCGUUGAUACGCUUGUCUCGGAGGCUGAAUGGAUGCGCACUCGAGGAGUAGUGCUGGUAAGUGCCUUUGACUUAUGCUUUUUCUUGUUGAGAGUUUUAUCUUUAAUGCUUUUUGUUUGUUGUGAAGGUUGCCAACUCCAUCUUGAAUGCGAGCGAGCUAGACCGCGCCGUAGCGGCUCUGACAGAUGCGGCGCGUGCGGUGGGUCAUCGGGGAGGCUACCUGGAGUGUGCCGAUCACGUUGAGCAGAUGCUUGGGCAGGAAUUUGACAUAAGUCAUUGCUCAGUGACGGAACAUGCUGAUGCUGCAUUGGCUAGUGCUGAAAACUCCUAUGACAACCUUUCCUUGCCUAUCAUGGAGUUGGUUGUUGAAUCGUUGAAGAAAGACGACUGGUGCCAGCGUCUUAAGGCAGUCCUCGAUCCACCGGUUACCGUCGAGUUGUCCGACGAAGAGCCAGCUGGUGAUGAUGGCGGCGAUGGUGAUGAUGAUGGCAACGAUGAUGAUGGUGAGGAUGACGGAGAUGAUGGUGAUGAUCG